AUGCAAGAACAAGUACAAGUUCUGUACUCCCCCCCAAACACUUUUCGUUUGGACCCUCUUUGUCCUAGACAGAGAGCAGCGGCUGUAUGCACAUGCAAUAGGCAGCAGAGGGCUGCCAAGGGUCACCGAAGCAAAGCUCUCUCACAUUAUAUAGAGACUGGGGGACCUACUGGAAAGGCCUGUUAUCAGCAGAAUACCAUACACACCACCAUGACAAGUCUCGAUGACGCCAUUGCCAUGGCCUACGUCUCUGGCGGCACGUCGCAGCUAGACAAGGACUCUGCGGUACAAAAGGCCGAACGAAUGGCCCAGGCAAAACGACUGUGGGCCACCCAGACAGCGCCCGUGGUCUCCCCCGGACCCCGUGCCUCCACGGCGGCCACCGAGCCCAAGUCACUCAAUGCAUCUCAGAACGAGCGCCUCAAGGCGCUGCGACAACGCCAUCUGCAACAGGCCCGAUCUCCCCAGCCAGCACACGGCCCCUACUGUAGCUGGAACACCCACACCCGGGCUGCUUCUGCCAUCAGCGAACGGAGCUCGUCCUCCACGCACUCGGGCUUCUCUAUGGCAUCUCCUGACAGCGCGGUAUCUGCCACCUUUGAUGGCAUGCAUGACUCGGAAGACGAGGCUCUGGAAAGCAAGUACCGAUCUCUGCAGCAGGACCUGGACGACCUCCACUGGGUAGACGAAGUCAAGCCUGAGAAGCCCAGAAAGAUGUCGUCACGCUACUAUGCCAAUCACAACAACCUGUCGGCCUCGGAGGGCCAUCCGGACAACCUGGUGCGAUUCACAGCCAAGGGAAUCAUGUGGAUAGGACCCGAGACGGACGAGAUGGAGCCUACGGGAUCCGCCCAGUCUCACAGAGGAACUCCUUCCAUCAGCUCGGCGGCAUCCACCGCAUCCACUCAGUCCGUCAACAGCCUGUACACCGUCCAGGACGUGAGCUACAUGUACGCCGAGGAGCGGGUGCAGAUCCGGCAGCAGAACGAGUUCGAAUGGGUCGAUCUGCUGGAGGGAGGCUUUUGCGGCGAAAAGGCUGGCCGGCCCGUCAUGAAACGCAUGGUGUGGUGA